AUGGCCCUCUGGGUCGCCAAGUUGUCCUGGAAGGAUCAGAGGUCGGACCCGAGCCGUGUGCGAGUGUGGGCGGGAGCCAUUUUCGAGGAGAACGCAGCCAAGGACGACAGGGUGUUCCAGUUGGCUGUGUCCGACCUGAGCCUCAACGAUGACAUCCUGCAGAGCGAGAAGAUCACCUACUCCAUCAAGGUCAUCGAGGCCAACAACCCGUUCCAGGCGGUGCAGGAAGCCUGUGACCUUAUGACCCAGGGGAUUUUGGCCUUGGUCACGUCCACUGGCUGUGCGUCCGCCAACGCCCUGCAGUCGCUCACGGAUGCCAUGCACAUCCCGCACCUUUUUGUUCAGCGCAACCCCGGGGGCUCCCCGCGUACUGCCUGCCACUUGAACCCCAGCCCCGACGGCGAGGCCUACACGCUGGCCUCCAGGCCGCCAGUCCGCCUCAAUGACGUCAUGCUCAAGCUGGUGACCGAGCUGCGCUGGCAGAAGUUCAUCAUGUUCUAUGACAGUGAAUAUGAUAUCCGUGGGCUCCAAAGCUUCCUGGACCAGGCCUCACGGCUGGGCCUUGACGUCUCUCUACAGAAGGUGGAAAAGAACAUCAGUCACGUGUUCACCAGCCUCUUCACCACUAUGAAGACUGAGGAGCUGAACCGUUACCGGGACACGCUGCGUCGCGCCAUCCUGCUGCUCAGUCCCCAGGGGGCUCAUGCGUUCAUCAAUGAGGCGGUGGAGACCAACCUGGCUUCCAAGGACAGCCACUGGGUCUUUGUGAAUGAGGAAAUCAGUGACCCGGAGAUCCUGGAUUUGGUCCACAGUGCCCUCGGCAGAAUGACUGUGGUUCGGCAAGUCUUCCCAUCUGCCAAGGACAACCAGAAAUGCAUGCGGAACAACCACCGCAUUUCCUCUCUGCUCUGUGACCCUCAGGAAGGCUACCUACAGAUGCUGCAGAUCUCCAACCUCUACCUGUAUGACAGUGUUCUGAUGCUGGCCAACGCCUUCCACAGGAAGCUAGAGGACCGGAAAUGGCACAGCAUGGCCAGCCUCAACUGUAUCCGGAAGUCGACCAAGCCAUGGAAUGGAGGGAGGUCCAUGCUGGACACUAUCAAAAAGGGCCACAUCACUGGCCUCACAGGCGUGAUGGAGUUUCGAGAGGAUAGCUCAAAUCCCUAUGUGCAGUUUGAAAUCCUUGGCACGACCUAUAGUGAGACCUUUGGCAAGGACAUGCGCAAGCUGGCCACAUGGGAUUCGGAGAAGGGUCUGAAUGGCAGCUUGCAAGAAAGGCCAAUGGGCAGCCGCCUGCAAGGACUGACCCUCAAAGUGGUGACUGUCUUGGAAGAGCCUUUCGUGAUGGUGGCCGAGAACAUACUUGGGCAGCCCAAACGCUACAAAGGGUUCUCCAUGGAUGUCUUGGAUGCACUCGCUAAGGCUUUGGGCUUCAAAUAUGAUGUUUACCAAGCCCCCGACGGCAGGUAUGGUCACCAGCUGCACAACACCUCCUGGAAUGGGAUGAUUGGAGAGCUCAUCAGCAAGAGAGCAGAUUUGGCGAUCUCAGCUAUCACCAUCACCCCAGAGAGGGAGAGCGUUGUGGACUUCAGCAAGCGGUACAUGGACUACUCCGUGGGAAUGCUCAUCAAGAAGCCCGAGGAGAGAAUCAGCAUCUUCUCACUCUUCGCUCCAUUUGAUUUUGCCGUGUGGGCCUGUAUCGCAGCGGCCAUCCCUGUGGUUGGGGUGUUGAUAUUUGUGUUGAAUAGAAUUCAGGCCGUGAGGGCUCAGACGACAGGUCAGCCCAGACCCUCUACUGCUGCCACCCUACACAGUGCUAUCUGGAUUGUCUACGGCACCUUUGUGCAGCAAGGUGGAGAGUCGUCCGUGAACUCAAUGGCCAUGCGGAUUGUGAUGGGCAGCUGGUGGCUCUUCACCCUUAUCGUCUGUUCCUCCUACACAGCCAAUCUCGCCGCCUUCCUCACAGUGUCCAGGAUGGACAAUCCCAUAAGGACAUUCCAGGACCUGUCCAAACAAGUGGACCUCUCCUACGGUACGGUCCGGGACUCUGCUGUGUAUGAGUAUUUCCGUGCCAAGGGCACCAACCCCCUGGAACAGGACAGUACUUUUGCAGAGCUCUGGCGGACCAUCAGCAAGAACGGCGGGGCUGACAACUGCGUGUCGAAUCCCUCAGAAGGCAUUCGCAAGGCAAAGAAGGGCAACUAUGCUUUCCUAUGGGAUGUGGCCGUAGUGGAGUACGCAGCGCUGACAGACGACGACUGCUCUGUGACCGUCAUCAGCAACAGCAUCAGCAGCAAGGGCUACGGCAUCGCCCUGCAGCAUGGCAGCCCCUACAGGGACCUCUUCUCCCAAAGGAUCCUGGAGCUGCAGGACACUGGGGACCUCGAUGUGCUCAAGCAGAAGUGGUGGCCGCACUCAGGCCGUUGUGACCUCACCAGCCAUGCCAGUGCCCAGGCGGAUGGCAAAUCACUCAAGCUCCAUAGCUUUGCCGGGGUCUUCUGCAUCCUGGCCAUCGGCCUCCUCCUCGCCUGCCUUGUGGCUGCCCUGGAAUUGUGGUGGAACAGCAACCGGUGCCAUCAGGAGACACCUAAAGAGGACAAGGAAGUAAACCUGGAGCAGGUGCACCGGCGCAUGAACAGCCUCAUGGAUGAAGACAUUGCACACAAGCAACUCUCUCCAGCCUCCAUUGAGCUUGCAGCCUUGGAGAUGGGGGGCCUGGCUCCCGGCCAGGCCUUGGAGCCCACGCGAGAGUACCAGAACACCCAGCUCUCCGUCAGCACGUUCCUGCCGGAGCAGAGCAGCCACAGCACCGGCCGGACACUCUCGGCAGGGCCUGGCAGCAACCUCCCACUGCCCCUGAGCAGCUCCGCCACCAUGCCCGCCAUGCAGUGCAAACACCGGUCACCCAAUGGGGGACUGUUCCGCCAGAGCCCUGUCAAGACACCCAUCCCCAUGUCCUUCCAGCCGGUGCCAGGAGGCGUCCUUCCAGAGGUCUUGGACACCUCCCACGGCACCUCCAUCUGAUCGCGCCGCCUGCCCUCCCGCCCGCCCCCCCAUCCACCUGACCAGCAGAGCUUUUUAAUACAGAAACAAAACCCUGGACCCCCCACCACACACACAUGCGCACACACACGUCCACAGAGACUCUAACAUUUUUCUUGUACAUAUGUGUAAAUAAUGACAGAAUGGAGUGGGAUAAAAGUGUAUUUUGAAUAUUCCCAAUUUUCGAAGUCAGUAAAAAACAAACCCCACAAAACCUGUACGAAUGACUUUGUAAAUUUUGUUCUAUAUGAAUAAAAAGGCAAACUACUUGUGAUCAUUCUGAAGUGCCAAAGAAGCCCCCUCUUCCCGGGCCCGUCUGAGGGCAGGAAGGUUAAGGCGAUCAAGAGCCCCUUCCUGCUGGCAGAGGUAAAGGAAGGAGCUCAUCUCUCUAGAAGAACCUCUGAGGGCUUGCUGCUCUGCCACAUGGCUGCCCCACUAAGGCCCUCUCCUCGUUCCUUUGUCAGUUCCCUUGUCAGUUCCCUUAGGUAGGUGAAGGGGAAGCCCCGAGCUAACACUGGCCUGGCCCCCUCGCUGGGUCACCUUGUAGUUAGGUGAUCCACGUCCUUAGUGCCAGAAAAUGAAGUCCCUAGAAUAUUGCGUAGCACUGGGCAGCUAAGGACAAACUCUUCACCCAGCUGUAGAGUCAGAGUGCCAUGGUUCACAUCUGCCCCAUUGUCUUGGGAGACCCUGCCCACUGACGCAACAGUCACUAAUGAUUGUUGCUAGGGGCGUGCGCUAGCGCUUUCUUUUAAUCUCUCUGUUUACGUUCUCUGCCAGAUUACAAAAAUCAACACAGGACAGACUAUGGGGGAGGCGGAGCCCGUUGUGGCCUUAGAGGGACUGGGAAAAGGUGAUACGGAGACAGAGAUGGAAGAUGUGAUCACAGUCUUUCCUUAUAUUUGGGACCCAUGGUCCCAGGUGAGAGAGGCCAGUGUGAGGAGUGUUGAAACAGUGGCAGGCCAGGUAACAGAAUGGCACGAUAGGAGCCGGUGUGUUAGACACGUGCCAUAGAGCAUGUGAGUGGGCAGGGCAGGCAACAGAGACCUCGGUUGUUUUUAGCUAGGAAGAAGCGUUGAUCCUUCCGUAGGAGGAAGCAACAGCCCAAUUCUGUGCUGUGGAGACAAGCAACUCUCAUUCCUCUGGAAAGUUCUUUGUAGCCCAGGCAGUCAGGGGGUAUUUCUGAGUCUGAAAUCAAGAAGGCAGCCUUACCGAAAGGGCCAGAACCUACAGAGAGCCUUCACUUAUGUUUUACUACCUUCCCCAGCUCUGAAUCCCUCAAGUAGUGACGCCCACAGAUGGGCCCUCCUGGCAGAGAACCACUUCUUUGAGAUUCCAGGCCUAUCGCUGAGCUGGUGGGCCUCCUGGAGAUCCUGUUCCAUAAAGCUAAGGACAAUCUGUAUGACCCAUGCAACGCCAUUUCCCUUGCGAAGCAAUUAGACUAUAGAGCCAGAGAAAAGAGUAUGAGGGGCAAAAUCAUGUGAGUGUUCUGAAUUGUGUCACUUCACCUCCUCCCACCAUCGAAAGACAAUGGUGCUUCUGCUCCCCUAAUUGGUUCAAGGGUGAAAAACACCCUCAUCCCAGGCUCCUAGAGAGGCCCCUUCCCUAGCAGAACGCACGGAGAUGGCAGUGCAGCUCUCUGGUCAUGGAGACAACAGAAGUCCCAUUGAUUGCUUCUCCUAUUACUUUGCAGCAUUACUGGGGAGAUGUGCUUAUGAGAGUGAUAACUAGCCCAAGAUGGAUUUCUUUCCUGAAGUCCUGGGUAAUAUGAUUGAGCAAUAAGGAACAACUGCAUCUAGCAGUCAACUAAAACCACCCCAGAGAGGAGAACGAGUGUGUUUAUAAUUACGUUAUUUAUGCCUGGAGGUGGAGAAUGGCCUGAUAUUAGUACUACCAAGAGUUCUCCAACCAGAGCCCCCAAAGCCCACAGCAGGGAGUCGGAGGAAGCCCAGUCAGCACAUGCUAUCCUGAGGAGGAUGGGCUCAGCUGGUUUCCACAACAAUUUGAGGGCCCUGCCCUGGAUGAUCAAUUUUUCACAUAUGUCUAUUUUUUUAAAUCCAACUCUGGUCUCACUGCCUUAUCUCACACCCAGGGCUGUUUUCUAUUGAGGUGACCUGUCUUCUCGGGUAGAACAUGGAUGUCUUCUUGGACUUCUUUGCUUAGAAUGGAUAUUGGAGAAGGCGGCGAUAGAAAGAGAAUAUGUAUGUGUCUGUGGUUGGGGUGGGUAGGUGUGUAUACGAGAGAGAGAGAGAGAGAGAG